CGCGGCCGCCCACUAUUUCUCAGAGCAGAGAAGUGUAUAUGUCUCAUAUGUGUGUAUCUUUCUCGCUUUUAUAACCGAAAAUUUCGUCAUUGCUUUAUUUCCACCCAUACCAACAAUUUCCAGAAAUCACCCAACCCAAUCAGGUAAUCACAUUAUCAACCAAAAACUUCUCUCUCUCUCUCUCUCUCUCUCUCUCUCUCUCUCUCUCUCUCUCUCUCUCUCUCUCUCUCUCUCUCUCUCCGGAAAGUUUAAUUUUGAUCGAAUAUCAGUUGAUAUCCAUCCAUGGUGGAGUUUCCAAGUUAAUGUAAUGGACAACUUUCUCUCUAUUCCCAAUAAAGAGUAUAGGAAAAUUGAGGAAUCAAAUAGAUUCUCCUCUUAUUAGCUUCUUUCGGGGUAAUACCUGAGUUUCCUUUCCUCUGUUUUACGAGGAAUUUACCGCGAUAGAAGAAGAGAACUUUUGGUCGAGAGGAAACAAAUCAUAAUACUUUACGGUCUUCCUCUGUUUGGUUAUAGCGUAAAAAAACAAAAUAGGCCAGUUUCGAUUUACAGCCAUGGAUACAGAAGUUGAAGAAGAAGAAGAUGAAGAAUUGGAGGAGUUCGUCAGAGAAACUUUCUUGUAUGAAGAAACUGAUAUGAAUUACGAGUUUGAUGCGGCUCGUUUCUUCGAUUUCGAUCGAACCGAGACAGAUUGGGAGGCCCGAGAAGCCGAACGCUGGUUCGAAUCAGCCAGAGGUUAUCCACCUUCACCUUUCAUUAUACGAUUACAUUGGAAUAAGGAUAAAGGUGUACCAAUGGGAGUUUUGACCACGUCUUCUAAAUCCACAGUCGUGAACUCAAAUAACAGAGGGGCCAAAGCCAAGUCUACAGUCAAAUCAACUAUUACAAGGUGUUCAACUCUAAUGAAGCCCACAGCAAGCCAUUUAGCGAAACAACGCCAGCUUGUACAUUCCAUUCCAUCAAUGAGGCUUCAAACGAAAUUAGGUAUUAUUGAUGAGGAAAGUUCACAGAACUCCUCAGUUGCAGAGGAGAAAGCUACUAAAAGACAAAAAUUGGAAGGUGGUUUCUUAAGCAAGGCUGCCCAACUAAAGCAUAAAGCUCUUUUGUUACACAAGAAGCCAAAAAAUUCAUCACAGCACGAUGAUAGGCUUGCUAGCUCAGUAAAUGCCAAACUUAGAGCUACUAUUCCUAGAGAGCCUGAUCUUGAGACAGCGCAUAGAGCAGAACGACGUAGGAAUAAGAUGAAUGCAGAAUCAACAAAAUCAAAUGCCCAUACCUUCAAAGCUCGUCCUUUGAACAGAAAAAUACUCGAGUCUCCAUUGACACUUCAUAGGAGGACCGAACCGCAGCUACCAGAGUUUCAAGUAUUUCGUCUGAAGACAUUGGAGAGGGCUAUGGAAAAUACGUUCAAUAAUAAUCAUACAAAUAUUCCUUGGAACAGUUCAAACACAGAGGGAAAAAGAUCCAACUGUGUCGACCGAUUAAGGCAAGAGAAAAGGGAAACAGUUGAUAACUCCCAAGAUUCCUCUCCUACAAAAAAGAAACUUGCCAGCGAUGGAAAACUUUGUAUCUUUCGUAAUAUUAAACAGAGGUCUAAUUUUUCAACUGAUAAGAGGUUUCAAGAUGAGCCACCAAUUCAUUUGUUUAGUAAGCUCCGCCUUACAUCUGAAGACCAAAUAAAUACAAGGCCAAGCUCAGAAAGUACAAUGCCCAUAAAGGGCACAAUAGAAAAAACGCCAUACUGUUUGUAUAAAGAAAACGAGAUGAGCAAUUUAGUGAAAGAAAGACCGCAGAGGUUAGGUGGAAUAGAUUUUGUGGACUGUGGACGCAAUCGGAGGAUCCAUGAAUUUCAACAGAACAUUAAUAGGAGCCUGGACAUAUGCUGAAGUCUCUACACAGACAGUCAAUGCUUGAGUAGGUGUAUCACUACUCGUGAAGAAAUUAUGCUAAAAAGUUGGUUGUUGCCCUCCUUUAAUCAACCGACGCCCACAAUUUGUAUGAAACCACAAUCUGUAGUUUCUCAGACAGAUAAAUUUGAACUCUCUUAAUAAUUAAGGUUUAAAUUUAAAGCAAAUGAUGCUCGUUCAUAAGCAGAUCCCAUUCAUUAUAAAUAACGUUAUGCUGUUAGUAUCAGUUGCCGAUUUUAAAAGCAGCAGUCCCGGUUGGGCUCUAAUGUUUUUCUCAAUCUCCUAAAUCCCAUAAUAGAAUUAUAUAUCCAAAAAACUAGCCAUAUGGUGAGAAGUCAAAUCCCCGUUAAAAACAAAAUUAACUUCCCAGAACUAACUAUAGCUCUUUCUAAUGACAUCCUAAAAUGUAGUUG